AUGGGCGAAGUGUUGAAAGAUUGGUUUAGAAAGAGAUUAGGAGUGUUGAUAGAUCUAACGCCGGAAUUGUUUGGCCAUUACACGAGGGACGGUAAUCUGUUGGCCGAAAUUCUUCACACUUACGGGAUCAUCAAUUGCGAUCAAUUGAAUACGAUCAUUCGGACGAAGGAUCCUGCUCUAUGUAGAGUAAACCUGAAACAUUUGCGCGUUUGGUUACAUUUCAUCGGAGUCGACUGUACCGACGAAUGUAUCAACGAGAUCAGCUGUGGCAAGGGCACCACGAGUCUACAAUUAUUCUACAAAGUAUAUCUCUGCUUAGAGGGCAAGGACAGUUUGUACUUUAUCACGUUGCAAAAAGAACGAGAGAAGUACAUUCCUACCUCAAGUAAAUUCGACAUGAUAUCCAUCGAAGAAAAACCUUCUCCGUACGAGCCACCCGACCAUCCUCUCUCGAAGCCUCUAAAAAAAGCUACCAGCACGAUAAAAUGGCAUCGUAACAAGUUCCAAGACGUAUUAAGAUCUUGUAGAAGAGAGAUGAAGAAGCUAGAGAGCUUGAAGAAGAAACCAUCGAAGGAGAUCGAUAUCGACAAACCUGACCUUCCGAAAGUAUUUUGCGACACGAUGAAGGGAGAGGAUUUUUUGAAAGAGAUGGACGAUUUUGCUCAGAAGCAUCGCAUCAAAUCAACCAAACCUGUAACGUAUGAUCCUUGUCUGUCCGAUAAGGAGUUCGACGAAAUCGAGGCAACCGCCGAGGAUCCCGAGGCUGCAAAGGCUUACGUAUCGUGGUUGAAAAAUCGCAAAAGAAAAGAGAACAUCGAGAAUGCCGUGAAAUCAAGAAUGCAGAGUAUGCUGCUCUCCGAACUUUGGAAAGCGUUGUCGGACGAGCAAGAGACGAUUUUCGACGAGGUACUCGCUCGUCGGGCGUUGGAUCAUAGCCACUACGAGAAGCAAAUGAUAACUAAAUUGUUGGAGAUACGUAAUUACAAAAAUAUCAUAACCGAGAAUAGAAAGAUCGUGCAAGAGUUGAUAAUGGAUGCUAAGGAGAACAAAAUCCAAAUGGAAAAAGUACGGACGCGAGAGGAACUCGAUUGGGAAUGGGAAGACCUUGACAACGAGUUUCAGAGAUUGUUCGAACUACAUCGGAGGAUUCUUAAGGAGAAAUUUAAAAAAUUACGCGAGAAACACGAACGCAUCUGUCGGGAAACCGUUCAAGAUCUGGUCGACGUCGCGUUGAAGGUAGCCGAAUUUCGAAGCUCCAACGAAGGUUACGUGCCGAAGGUCAUUUGGAAGGAGUGGAAGACGUUGUUCAUAAAAUGUCAGCCCAUAUUCGAAAUUUUCGAGGACGAAUUUCCCAAAGGCGAACAGGAUGAGAGGGAAGAGGAGAUCGAAGAAAUUAUUCGUUCGCGAAUAGACAGGGAGGAGGCUUUGAACGAGGCUAAUUUCGAGAGUUAUCACAAUUUGCAGUCACCUUGGGACGAUUACGUACCUACGAUAGAACCCGAGAUCGAAGAAAUCUUGAAGUUGGGCGAACUCGUCUUGGGAUACAUCGUUCAUCGGCUCUUAGAGUUCGUUUAUCCGUACCCGAUUGGCCCUUUGGAAGCUCCGAUACCCGAGGUCCAGACCGCCGCCAUAAUUUUGGGUGUCGUGGAGAAACGUUUGUACAAUCCUAUUCGGAUGUUAUUGAACAAGAGCGGGAUUCGUUUGAUAUCGAUGGAGGAUGCCAUUAACUACUGCUUGCUGCAAUACAAGGAGGAGAUGUUGGACGUGAGAUACAUCGACGCGAACAUCCUUCGAGCUACCGAGGACAUUUUGAAGGAAUCGACCGUCUCGAAACGUAAGUCCGAGGAUUCGAGGAAGACCACGUAUACGGCGCGAUCGAAAAAAACGCUUCGAUCGCCGAAGCCUAAAGAGGAAAACGAGAAAGGAAAGGAAGGUUUGGAAGAGAAGGAGACUCAGACGCCACGAGUAAUACCUUACGACGACGUCGAUCCUAUCUUGAGCAAUGCCGCCUUCGUUGGAAAAUGGACCUACGAAUUUCUCACCCUUGGUCAGCCAAUUUCGAACGAGCUGAGCACGCGGAUACUCUUGGAGUAUCUCAAGAGUCUCAGCGAGGUCAAAGGAUGGGCGUUGAUCGAUUAUCCAAACAGUUACGAUCAGAUGGCUCGUUUGGAAUUCGCUUUAACAGGUCGUAAAAUUCCACCGGAUCCCACUACCGUGAACUUCGAUAACGUUAACAUCGAGGAGAUCGAUCCGAUUUUACCGAGGAUAGUUUACGAGGAUACCGAAAUCGACGAAUACGCUAUAUACAGGCAGUCGAAACUUUUGCCAAAUCCGAUCAAGAAGAAAGAGGCAUGCACCUCGACGUCGACCUUUGUGACGGCUUACGUCAGAGCGAUACCAAAGCCAAAGAAUCUCGACGUAGACCCGAACAAGCUGGUGGAAGUCUUGUCCGAGCACGCGACCGCUCUUGACGAGUUUUACGCCGAUCGGAGCGUCGCGUACGUCGUCUAUUACGAUUACUUCGACAUCCAGACCAUAAAGAAAAUUGCCAGGCUCGUGAUCGGGGAAAAAUCGUUGCCGAGGAUACCUUCGGUGGAGCUUUUCGGGAACAUUGUCACGUUGUUGGAGGAAGAUAAAGAUUGGGAAAGCAAAGUAUUCCUCAAGAAGAAGUCGGUGGCUAGGCAGCUUCUAUCCCAGUCGACGAUCGCCUCGAAGGAGACGGAGAACGAAGAAGAGAAGGAGGAAAUGGAAACGGACGACGGAUCCAAAGAGGACGACGUCGAUGCUCCUCGAAUACCGAAACCCGGAGAGGACGGAUGGCAAUGGAUAGAUUUUCCACAGAGUCCGAUAUUGCUCGACGCCCUGGCUACUCUUUGGGAAAACGUGGAAGAGAUUUACAUCGUUGAUCUGAUAGAAAUUUUCUCUUUGAAGAGAACGCACUCCUCGGCUAUCGUACCGUACAAGGAUUUCGUAAUGAGAAACCUCAAGAAUUUUAUCGAGAGACCCGACACCAAGCAGAAUCUCUUGGAAAAUUUUCAACGUUCGUUCAAUGAUAUAAGCCAGGACAUCAGGGACGACGAGGAAGUUAAAUGCGAAUUGCACUGUCGUCUAACCGACUUUCAAACUCAUCUGUGGGAUAUCUGUGAUUCGAAGAGGUCAGAGGCCGAAGAGGAACGUCAGAAAAUCAUUCAAGAACAUUGGGUCGACGUCGAAGCCGUGAUUCUCGUCAACAUAUACAUAUCGAUUCUUCAGGCCGAGAUCGAUCGAUCCGUCGAUACUCUUCAAAUCGUUCAAGAUUAUUACACGAGUAUGCUUCAAAAGCCGAUUCGAGAAUCGAGAUUAUCGAAAAUUCUACUCGACAGGCUGAAGAUGCACGUGGAGAUAUCGCAGAAGGAUGAGCUAACCGACGUCCCGAGUAACGCGUUUCAUCCUCACAAAGAGAGAGAUAAAAAGAAUAAAAAGGAAUCGAGAACGGGCUCCGAGAGAUUCGAUCAUGCCAAGCCCGUCAUGGAUCCGAACGAUUUCACUCGCGAGAUCACGAAUUUAUUCGUCAACGUCGAGGACGCGACAGAUUUCGAUCCAACCGAGAACGCCGUUUACAAAGCGAUCUUCGACAACGUUAAUUACGUCAAAAAUUUUGUAGAAUUCAACGCAACGAUCGUCAAUGACGCGUUGAAGAGGGAAGAGAAUAUGUUGGUCGGCGAAAGAACGUGGAGAAAGAGCGAACUUUCGGCGGAUACUAUCGUUGGGAGAUUGACGAGCAGAGGUCAGGAUCUUUUUCAAGAAUGGCGAUACGCUACUCUCUUCGAGAUCAAUCGAAUGAGGUUCAGGUUGAAGGUAAUCUUGGCCGCCGCCGAAGCUGACGUUACUUUUCUCCUCGACACGAUGAGAUUCGUCUUUCAUCGGAUCUACGAACGAAUAGUCGACAGAUACAGGAAAGAGAAGAACAGCGUGGACGAUAUGAUAAAAGUCUUUUGUUUCGCCAUCGAAGAAGAGAAACCGAUUCAAGAGGAAUUAGUUUUAGACGGUGAAAACUUCUACGUGAGCCCCAACGUUUUGAUGUUCCCAACGAAACCCGAGCCAACGCCGACAUUAACGAGGGAGACCGUGAAACCCUCUCUAUUCACGAUCUCUCAGUUGGGUCGCCUUAUGAACGUCUUUAGAAUAAUCGCACCGAGUGGGACGUUGCCCGAACGAUCUCUCGUCUACGUUCUUCAAGACAUGAUAUCUUACAACAAGGAGGAAGAAGACGGUUUUGGAUCGAUGCUGGUUCCCACGUGUUGGCAACUCUUACGUUCUUGCGACGUAUCAAAACUCGUAGAGAGUAUCUUCGGUCGUUGCGAGUACAUCGAUUGGCGCGAAUUCCUCAUCUACGCAAUGGACCUUCCUACGGCAACUCAGGAAGAUAUUCUAUCUGCUCGCAAUAGAUUUAGAACGUUAGAUUCGGAAUUGCAAGAGACCGUGACGAAAGAUCAAUAUCGUUUCGUACCAUUGUGGUUCUUCAAGUAUACCGACGAUAUUUCAUCGGACAUCGAACACAUCCUAUUCGAUGACUUUCAAAGAACGUUCGAAGAGUUAUUCGCAGAAGAGAAGGAUUUCGUUAAUCCUGAGAAAUUGUUGGGUACUAUUAUCCCGGAAAAGGCAAUGGAUUACGUGCGUUCCUUGAGAAUUAGCAGGGGAAUCAAUGACGAUGUUCUAUUAGAGGACGAGGAGGAGAAGAUAAUGGUCCAGAGGGAUGCCGAGGAGGCUUUGAGACUCAUGUUGGCGAAAGAGUUGCUUUGUCAGAUGUAUUUGAUCGAUCGAUACUCGGUCAAUUAUACCGCUUUGCUCUUGGCCUUUUGCAAGGACGAGGAUCCUCGCGUGGGACUUGGAAAGGCACUCUCGUUAGCUAUCGGAACUAAAGUGUGCACGGACUUCGAGGAGGGAGAGAAGUACGUCGAGAAGAUACUCGAAGAGAAAAGAUAUAUCUCCCAAUUGGAAUCUACGAGACAGCUUUUGCGCGAAGAAGCGAUUCAGGUAAUCGUAGCGAAAGAGAUAUCGAACUUCCUCGUUGAAAAUGCUAUAGCAGGCGUGACAAUAACGGAAGAAACAAACGAAUACACGUUACCGCGUCGACUGAUAAUCCAGAAGAUCGAUGGAUCCGGCGAGAUCGAUAUCUCGGAGUUACUUCACGGUAUACCGAAUAUGGAGCAAAUCUUCGAUUCGACAGACGACAAAAGCAACGAUCUUCGAACUUCUUCCAGUAUAAUAACGUUGGAGAGUUAUCAGGAAUUUGAAGAACGAAUCGAAAGAGGGCCGGUUUAUUGGCUACCGUUCCACGUUUGCAUGGCAGUUUUAUCGGCUACCUUACCGUGGCACGCUUCCCAACCUGAUCUCUUUCAAACGAAGAAAUCUCUUCGUCAAUUACUGCGUGACGUUUACGACGAUCUUUACGACGAAGAACUCUCAAACGACAAAGACUUGGUUUUGUCGCAUCGUUUCUUGAAUCAUGACUUCAUCACGGAAUUGUUGGAAAGUACGAGCAAGUUCGUUGUUAAACAUCUCGGUAAUCUGCUUUCUGAAAUAAUAACGGAGGAACGGGAAAGGAAUCUUUGACUCCUCGUAAACUCAUUAUUGUUAUUUCUUGUUUCUUUUUCCUUUCAUUUCUUUUUCUCUCUUCUUUUCUUUUUUUUUUUUUUUGCUUCUUUACCUAUUGUAAAUAAAUUCGAAGAACAUUAAUACGAUUCGAUGUAUCUACAUAUCGUUCUUUUUAACAGAAUUUAUUCUUCUAUUACAUCACGCGCAUAAAAUUGAGAUGAGAAAAAGCAAGAACUUACGUACACGAGGAUGUAUAUAUACUUUCUACGUUCAAAUUACGAACCGAACACAAUCUACUUCUUUCUCUACUUCUUCUUCUAUUUUUU